ACGAGCAAGUCAAUGUAUAUAUAUAUAUAUAAAAUAAAUUAAAAAAUCUCAGGGAGGAGCUUUUGUUUCUUGCGUCAUUAGAAAGGGGGCGGGGCUUCAAAGACCGGCUCCGUUUUUAAAAGGACAUUCUUCCCGCAACAUCAAGUCUUAGGACGAGCAAGUGUAGUCAAGAUGUUCGACGUGUUAGUCAUGUUUAGUCUACUUUUUACGUGUUUACCAGGUAAGACAUGUGCUCAAAAGUUAAAGCAAUUAAUUUAUGUUUGGGAGCGGAUCUGCUUCACUCGUACAGACUAUAAUAUCUUUAUGGUUGCAGGUGAUGGUGAUGAUGUUGUGUUAAUAAAGGUGUCGGAUGGAGACAACCUGACCCUCUCUACUCAAAUCGCUAACCCGGACGAUGAUCCUCAGGUUCUCUUUAUCCUCCAAAAAGAGAUAUCAGAUGAGCUAAUAGCACAGCUAGUCUGUCAUCAUCGGAAAUGUGAAGCUGAGGGCUUAAAAUCUGGCGUUUUACUCCAUUAUGAUGAGCAGAACGUGACGCUGAUCCUGUUGAACGUCAACCGCAGUCAAGAGGGGCUUUACAAAGUGUGCAGCCUGAGUGGUAAACUGUCGGAAAACAGGAUUUAUAACGUUUCUGUAUUUGAUCGUCCACCCUGCACUGUCAGCCCAUUGACCCCCUCUCCAAUGCUCAGUAAAUCAUUUCCUGUUGGCGUUACUACAGCUGUAGCUGUAGCCAUCUUUGGGGUGCUCCUCAUAAGUGUCAUCAUUGCUGUCCUAUACAGGAAACACAAGAAUCGACAUAUUUACGAAGGGCCAGUUGAGAUGACAAACACUUAGUCGCUGCAGCCAGCAGGUGUCAUGGAAACCAAAGCAACCAAUGCAGGGCUUAAUCACAGUACGUUGACCCUGGAUUGCAGGUGCUGUGGUGUUGAGGAUCAUAUGGACUGCGUAUAUUAUCUGUAAUAUCAGUGGUGACCUCAUUAAGUUCCGGACUAACGAGGAAUGGUGCAUUACUGUAAUUCAGAACAUGCAGUUCUACUCCGCAGACGUUGAGUCUGUCCUCUGCACUUUGUCUGGUUUGGUUCAGCUACGAAAUCAGAUAUCAGAACAGUUUGGACCGCUGAGAGGAUUAUUCGUCACCCCCUGCCCUCCCUUCAAGAACGUACACUUCCAAAGUGAGGAAAAAGGCUGGAAAAAUCACUCUGGACCCCACCGACCCAGCCCACUACCUUUAUGAACGGCCUUCUGGCCGACGCUUCAGAGCUCCGAGCACCAGAACUGGCAGGCAGGAGCCACUUGUGCUUUUAGGGGGCACACUUUUAACUUUUAAUCUAUCUUAACCUACUUUCAUGAUUAUUUCAAGUCAUUUUUCACCAUGUCAUGUAUCACUGCAAUCUCUAGAACUAAGCUAAUA